CCACUCUAUUAAAUAACUUCAAUACCGGGCCCACUUGUUUCAUCAAACGAACAUCUAUACCCUUUACUUGAUUGUUUUUUUUGUUUAACCCACCCACACGGAUACUCUCAUAACCUCCAUGAUCUUUAACACUCACCUCUACAACAACCACCAUGCCACCGACAUUCCACCUCCUAACCACCAUUCUCAUCCUCAUCCUCCACCUCAUCUUCGCCGCUGAACUACCGGAAUUCCAAGAAGCCCAAGCAUUUCGAAAUGGAAAAGAAUGCAAUGACACAAGAAUCCACAUAGCAAUGACCCUAGAUGCCACCUAUCUCCGUGGCUCGAUCGCCGGUGUAUUCUCCGUCGUUCAACACGCCACCUGCCCGGAAAACAUCAUCUUCCAUUUUCUCACCACCCAUCGUCUCUCCUCCUCCCUUCGCCGCACAAUCACCACAACUUUCCCUUACCUCAACUUCCACCUCCAUCACUUCCACACAGAUCUAGUCAGAAACAAAAUCUCCACCUCAAUCCGCCGUGCACUCGACCAACCACUCAACUACGCCCGUAUCUACCUCUCCCACCUCCUCCCCAUCACCGUCCACCGCGUCAUAUACUUUGAUUCCGACCUCAUCGUCGUCGACGACGUCGUCAAGCUCUGGGAAAUCAACCUUAAUUCCCAUGUCCUCGGAGCACCCGAGUAUUGCCACGCGAACUUCACCCACUACUUCACAUCCAAAUUCUGGUCAACCCCUUACUUCUCCGGCGUAUUCAACCACCGCGCUACGAAGCCGUGCUACUUCAACACCGGCGUAAUGGUGAUCGAUUUGAUGAAAUGGAGGAGGUAUAAGAUAACAGAAAAGCUCGAAAAAUGGAUGGAAAUACAGAAAAAACAUCGGAUUUACGAACUGGGUUCGUUGCCACCAUUCUUGUUAGUGUUCGCCGGAGAUGUUGAGGGGGUGGAGCAUCGGUGGAACCAACAUGGUCUCGGCGGAGAUAACGUUGAAGGGUUGUGCCGGGAUCUGCAUCCGGGUCCGGUGAGCUUGCUUCACUGGAGCGGAAAGGGAAAGCCGUGGUUGAGAUUGAAUUCGAUGCGACCAUGUCCACUGGAUCAACUGUGGGCCCCUUACGACCUCUUCAAGCACGCACCGUUGAUUUCCGAUACUUGACCUUAGAUCUACUUUCAAACUUUCACCUAUUGUGAAAUGAAAGGACAAAAGAGGAUAAAGUAAAAGGGUGAUAAAAAGUUUAAAAAAGGUGACGUGUGAUGGGUAUUUUUGAUAAUUGCGCCGGAUUUUAUGGAGAUUUUUUGUGGUGGGUGGAGGUGGUUGAUGGUGGUGGUAGAUGGUGGUGGUGUAUUGGGAUGAUGUAUAGUUAUUGUAGUUUAUUAUAUUAUUAUUUAUUUUUAUCUUAUUUUUGGUGAA